AAUCUCGGAGAAGGGAGGAAGAAUGGCGGCCAAAACCCUAAUCAGGUCAGGAGCUUCAUUGAUGAAUCGGUUUCUAUCGAAGCCAACAACAAAUCUCGUGCAGAACAAUCUCAGAUCGUCAUUUCAACAGAUAGCUCCUCAAGGACAAGAAAUCCCGCCGUAUUUUUUCCCGUCGUUGUCGAAUCUACAGAGCUCACUCAUUUCGCGCCCUAACGACACUGCUUCGCUCCAGGAACUCAACGAACGUGGGUUUCUUUACCCUUCUGGUCUUCCUUCACUCGAAUUCUUCUUACCAGAAGUUGAUCCUUCAAGUGAGCCAUUGCUUCUGUUUCCUAAGAGGACAUUCCAACCAAGCACUAUAAGGCGUAAAAGGAACCAUGGAUUCUUUGCUCGGAAGGCAACCAAAGGUGGACGCAGAGUGAUAGCUCGGAGAAUAGCAAAAGGGCGUCACAGAGUCACUGCCUAGAAUCUCUCUAAUCUUUCUAUUGGUGAAUCUCCGUUUAUCAGAAACGAUUCAGGCUCUCCUUCAGGCUAGAAAACCUGAAACUUCGAUCUCAUAAAUAAGUCGGAUGUCUUCUUAUGUUUUUGAUGUGUUGUUGAUCUCAGAAUCGAACUGAAGUUAAAAUUUUAAAGAUCUCAGCUCCUUUGUAAUGGAUAGUUUAUGUCAAGGAAUCUUUUUUUCUCCAUUGAUGUCAACAAAUUAUCAUUGUUUAA